AUGGCUACGCUGGCCAUCCCGCAGCUCAGAACGUAUACGCUCAUCAGCAGCAGGCUUACGGAUCAGAUGGCUACCCCGCAGGUCAAGUACACCCAAGCGCAGGCUGCCACACCGAUCGCGCAGUCUACCUUUUACCCGCCACCGCAGGAGUCGGCCGAGGCGAUGCAGCAAGCUCAAGCAGAGGCUGCUGCCAUUCAGGCACAGGCCGCAGCCCAGGCGGCCGUGGCAGCGUCACUGGCCUCAGCGCCGUCAGCAAGUCUGAUGGGUUCGCCGGCAAAGCCGCCGCUUCCGCCGGGCCCGCCGCCGUCGACAGGCGGGACGACGCAAGACAUCUCCGGUACCAUCGAGUGGUCGCCGGCCAUCAAGGCCUACGCACGCAAGCAGCGGCUGCAGGCCCGGUCGCAGCUCUCGUCGCAGCAGAUCGCCGCCAGGGUCUCGGCGCUUGUCUCUGCCCUCGCCUCCAAGGGCGAGCUCGAGUCGACCAACUGGGCCGCUCUCCCGCCACUCAACAUGCUGCCGACCCACAUGUUUGCUGUCUCGUCGGCGCUCGAGGCGCCGUCGGCCAAGCGCAAGCGCGCGCCCACACCGCCAGCCGCCGCCACGGCGACGGCGGCGUCGGCGGCCUCGGCCUCGGCCUCGGCCUCGUACUACACCCACGACGACUUUGUGGGCCUGAGCGUGCCCAAGAAGAAGCGGGCGAAAAAGGCCAAGGCGAGCAAGGCACCGAAAGAUCUGAUUAGCGCUAGCGGGCGCGGCGGCGAUAUGGUUCGCGUCGCCUCGCUCGACCAGGAGGAGCUGCAGCGGAUCCUUCGCGCCGCCAGGUUCGGAGCCGCCGAGGCCGGCGUCGAGGUUCCACCGGUCGGCGACCUGCCCGAGUACAUGUCGCGCAAGGCGCUGCGCAAGCUGCAGCGGCUGGCCCGCAAGGCCAACAAGGCGUCGGCCCGCAAAGAGGCUGCAACUGAGGCCCGCGCGAGCGCCAUCUGGAGCGGCAACGCUUUUGCACACCUCACCGCCUCCAAGACCGCCAUCACCGAAGACAUGGACUGGGGCUCGGUCUCGGUCCAGGGCACCUCGACCUCGCUCAACAAGCCAUACCUGCGGCUGACCUCACCGCCGGCACCCGACACCGUCCGCCCGCUCCCGGUCCUCCGCGCCGCCCUCGACCACCACGUCGCCGCCUACGAGGCCGGCACGCCGUACCUCGACGUGUGCGAGCAAUUCAAGUCGAUCCGCCAGGACCUCACCGUCCAGCGGCUCAACAAUGCUUUUACCAUCAAGGUGUACGAGACCCACGCCCGCAUCGCCCUCGCCAACAGCGACCUUGACGAGUACAACCAGUGCCAGACUCAGCUCAAGCCGCUCUACGCCACCAUCCCGGACGCCGGUGCCCGCGCCGAGUUUGCCGCCUACCGCAUCCUCUACACCGUCUACUACCAGCAAGACCUCGAGCUGAUGAAGACACUUGCAGGCCUGACCAGCGAGCAGCUCGCCUCGGACGAGGUCCAGCAUGCCAUCGCUGUCCGCUCCACCGUCGCUCUCGGCGACUAUGCCGCGUUUUACCGCCUUCUUGACGCCGCGCCCGGCCUCACCGGCCACCUCAUGGAGCCGAUGCUUCCCCGCAUGCGCGCUCUGGCCUACGACACCCUCCUCCGCGCCUACCGCCCGGUUGUCCCGCUCGAUCUCCUCACCUCGGCGCUUGGCUUUGCCGGCGAUGCCGACGCCGCCGUCGCCUGGGUCCGCAACGAGCGCUCCGGCGCCGUCGUUACCCGUUCCGAUGGCGCUGUUGUCCUCGACGUCAAGACCUCAUUGCAAGCGAGGUCGCGUCCGUCGUCGCCCACACGUUGAGCGUCAGCGCGCUGUCGAGAUCCUCAAACGAGAGGUGCGGAAAGAAGGCGGUGGCGAGCUCGAGCCCGAGCGCCACCGCGUCGUCGGUGCUCAGCACACUCGACGGCGCGAGAACAAACGCCCGUCCACCCGACCUGCUCAGCGCCUCCACCAGUGCCGACACGCCCGUGCCGCCGAGAUCCACUACUCUAGCUCCAGAUCGCGCAAUGACAUGC